GGCCCAACGCACACCCCUGUGCCCCCAAUCCCUUCUUCCUCCUUCCCGGGACCCUGCCCCCUCCGCUCCUUCCACCUCUUCUCCCCACCUGCACACUGAGAACCACCGCCUCCAGGAGGCAGCCGUCGCCGCUACCCGGGCUCGCAGAGCCAUCUCCUACAAGCCGUUUCUCGGUUCCUAAGGCUCUUCCUGAUCUCUUGGACAAGAAAAAGGAGGUUUAUUGACUUUAGUUGGGGGAGGAGCGAGAGGAGAGGCGAUGGUGGUGGUGGUGGUGGUGGUGGUGGUGAGAUAGGGGUUGCAUACAUACAGGGUGAUGGGGAGCUGCGCGGGAGAGGAGUGGCCCGGCGGCGUGACGGGGCCGGACGCCGAGGUCGGAGCGCUCGUCUGGGUGCGCCGCCGUAACGGAUCCUGGUGGCCUGGCCGGAUCCUCGGCAUGGGCGAGCUUCCCGAGAACAUCGUCAUCCCGCCGCGCUCUGCCGGCACACCUAUCAAGCUCCUCGGCCGCCCAGACGGCAGCAUAUAUUUUCUGUCUGUAGCACUGAACAUCAUCAGUCUAUCUUACUUGCUGUGUUGGACUUUGCCACAGUGACUGGUAUAAUCUUGAGAAAUCUAAACGUGUGAAGUCAUUUCGUUGUGGAGAAUAUGAUGAAUGUAUAGAAAAAGCCAAGGCUCUAGUUCGCCGGCAAAAGAAGACACAUACUGAAGGGAGAUAUGUUCGCAGAGAGGAUGCCAUUAUGCAUGCCCUUGAAAUCGAAAGGUCUCAUUUUCCAAAUAACUGUGAUGAUCUUGAAGAGGACGCGGACAAUGAUAUAUGUGCAUCCCAGAAUAUAUGUUCUGCAAAGUCUAUAAAUAUAAAUGGGCUCAGCAAAAAAUCUCGUGGUGCAAGGAGUUUGUAUGAUAUAGAAAUAAAUUCAGCUCAAGAGUUGUCUCAAACAUUGACACUGUAUAAACAGCCACAAAAUUUAUCCUCUUCAAGCACUAGGUAUGCAUCGUCAAAAAGGAAGAAGUGGAAGGGACAUAAAGAUCAUGAGGAUGAUUCAGUUCAUGGAUUCCAGCGUAUGAGAGAUCUUAGGGAGAUUGGAACAAAAAAUGUUUUCAAGCAGAAGUCUGGUUCAGGAAUUGUUUCAGAUGUACCUCUUCUUGAAAGUGGAUCAAGCUUUGGCUAUGAUUUGUCCAGUGCCGAUGGGAUAAAAUUGGGUGAGCAGUCCCAGUCAUCCAUAAAAAAGAAACGGUCCAAUAUUGGGCAAUCCUAUGAUAGUUUGAGUAAGAAAGAUAAGCAUCACCCUCUAUCACUGUUAUGUGAAGAUUCAGAAGUGUCUGGAACUUAUUAUCAUUGGGACCCUUCAGGCCAGUCUUGUAGUCAAUACCCAGGAGGCCAGAUACCCAAUUUGGUUGAAUCAAGUAGGAGGGCAAAAACUAUUUUUCCAACUGAUGUAAAUAACUGUUCCUACAGCUCAGGCACUUCAAGUUUGGAUACAUUAUUAGAUACAUCACACAUCAAUCAUAAACGUUCUCUAAAUGCUGUUACUCCCAAGAAUGCUGACCCAUGCACAGCUAGAUUUCUCAAUGAUGACUGCCCUGAUUGUGAUGGAUUUCUUGAUGCUGUUACUUUGGAGGAGGAUGUUCUAGAGGAAGGUAAAAGCCAUUUGGAUACUUAUGGAUCUUGUGCAUCCAUAAAGGAUCAAAUUUCAAAACUGGGUAAUCAAAGUACUGGCUGUGGCAUAGGUGGCACAUCUUCAACUCGGCAUAAUCGAAAUUCUAAGAAAAACAUAACGGCUGUCAAUUUUUUGAUACCUAAAGGAAGCCACAAGAGGGAUACAAAUUCGCUGCUGCAACAUGAAGGGAUUAUAAAAUCGGAAGGUACUGUCUUUAGGCCUGCUGAACUUGAGGAUAAUGCACAUGUGACUCCUGAGCAUGACGAGUCCUCUGAAACUAUAAGCAAUCUUUCAAACUAUGAGAAGAACACAACAUCAUUCCCCAAUUAUGUUCCACUUCAAUUACUACCACCGCCUGGACAGCGGCCUGAUCCUAAACCUCCAGGAUGCCCUGUAACGAAUCCAACCAGGAGAGCACGUGCAGAUUAUAGACUAUAUGAUGUUGAGGUGACUGUCCAAAGAAGCUACAAGGGUCAUCAUGCGCCCCUUAUUUCCCUCAUGAGUAAAUGGACAGGUAAACCAAUUGUGGGGUACCCUGUCACCCUGGAGGUUUUGAAGGAUAGCCGUCACACAACAAGUAGAGAUGAGCACCGCCCGGUGAUGGGCAGUCUGGACUCCUUACUAAAGAGCAGAGUUUCAGAGCCACGGCAAGCAAGAUCUUCACAUGCAUCACGAUCAAAAUUUAAAUCCAGUGGACGUAAAAAGGCCACAGAGCAUGAUUUGGACAGGUCUUGGUGGCCCCAUACCAAGAAACCAGCAUCUUCGCCGAGGAAAAUGCGGAGGCUAUCAUCUUUCGCCGGCAGCCGGAGAGAGAGUGCAGACCAAAAGCCCGUAGUUGCAAAAACUGGCGGACCAGCAGUCGCGUGCGUCCCGCUUCGUCUCGUUUUCAGUAGGAUCAAUGAAGCACUAAGCUUUCCCUUGAGACAAGAAAAGACCACCUGAGGUUGUUGUGGCAUUUUUGCUAUGCAGAGAUAGAAUGUGGGCAGGCAUAUACAUUUGCUAGGUUUUCUUUGUAUAUUAGUUUUGUAUUAUCUAAAAACUUAUUGUGUGGUAUAUUUAUAUCCGGUACAUAACUAUGCAACCAAGAUAUAAGAAUAGAGAUGCGUUUUUUUUAAAAUUUUUUUUAGGAAAGGUGAAAAGAUUGUUUAAAAAAAAAUAUUGUUUAAAAAGUCCUCUCGCCCCUAUUCUUUGGUUGUAUGGUUGCACUUUGUACGGUACCAAUCAAUAUGAUUGCAACUGAUAUGGUGAGAGGAAACAAGGGGCAUCUGUUGCUGUGGCUUCCUCUGAGGGAAAAAAUGGCAGCAGCUCAGUUCACCAUACAUCUCAUGAAAUUCCCUCGUAUUUGCUGGCAACUUUAGUUGAUUCAUUUGAUAAAAAAACUUCAAGUUGUUUCAGGCAAGUUGUAUGUACUAAUCAGUCUUUGCAACGAAUGCAGGGCUUCAUGCAACUACUUGCAACUUUGAGCUCUACUGUGUAGAUGCUUGUCUGCUAAUUCUGUGACAUCACCGGUGCAGAUUUGUCACAUCGCAUCGAAGCACGUGGCACCCAGACUUUGGAAUGGGAGAGGCAUGUGGGCACUGGACAGGCAUUAUGCAAUUUAGUCAGAUAAUGGUCUAGUACAUGAUAGGUUCGCUCGUGUGAUUGGUUAUGUAGUUACUCGUAUGAAAAGCGCCAAAUCCAGUAAUUUUGUGCUAUAGAUGCAUUAUGUAUGUACAUAGUUUUGUUUAGAA